ACAUCCGACGCGAUCUCUCCCUCUUAACACUGACAAAAUCUCGAUCCUCGUUGAACGCAGCCGACGAAGAAGGGGAAAGGGGAAAAACAAAAACAAGCAGUAGAGAUGGGAGUAAUGGACAAGCUCAAGGUGUUCGUUGUUAAGGAGCCCGUCGUCGCCGCCUCUUGCCUCAUCGCUGGAUUCGGUCUCUUUCUUCCAGCUGUUGUGAGGCCAAUUUUAGAUUCCUUUGAGACGGCCAAAGAAGUUCCACAACCAGCUUUACGUGAUGUUGUUGCGGGCGUGACUGGAAAAAAUCGCGAGUGAUCUGGAUGGUUCAGCUAUCAAGUUGCUUUUACACUUAAGUUUGUCGGUCUUUUCAAUUUCUGUACGCUCUUGCCUUUUGCAGCGUCUUGUAUCUUGACAUACAUUUUUCAGAAUCUCAGGAAGUGAUUUACUAUCUUGAUCUUGUGAAGACGUGUAUCUGCUUUGACUCGGUUACAUCUGUAUCAAUGUGGUUUAUACUCUAGAACUCAAAAGGAUUUGUUUAAAUAAAGGAAUUUUACAGAGUGUAGGGUUCACUCUUUAGAACCGCUAA